AUGAAGGCUGAGAGGCGGGUAAUGCUUCUACAAGGCAAGGAAUCCCGAAGACUGCCAGACAACCACCAGGAGCUAAGGGAGAGGCAUGAACAGUAUGGUCAAAGAACAGCCUUCUGUACUCAAGCCCGACCUCCCCUGCUUGCGACGCGAACGGGACGCCUGAGGACCCAACGAGCAUGCGCAACUAUUCCAAGCAUGCUCAGUAGCGCGCGCGUCGUUCUGGGGCUUCACUGCGCGGUGGCCGACGCGGAGGAUUCCGCGGCUGCUGCGGGAGCGACAGGAAGUGAAGCGGCCCGGCCGGGCGACCGCGGCGGCAGAAACAGAGGCGGAAGGGGCGCUGCGGCGACGACGUCGGCGACGGGGGUGGACGAGGGGGUCGAGAACCGAGACGACUCGCCCGCUCGGAAGCCGGAUACCGAGCCGGGCAGGAUGGAUCACCACCAGCCGGGGACUGGCCGCUACCAGGUGCUACACAAUGAAGAAGAUAAUUCAGAGUCAUCUGCUGUAGAGCAGCCAUCAACUUCAAACCCAACACCGCAGAGCGUUCAGACUGCUCCUUCAGCAUCGGUACUUGAAACGGACUCUUCUCCUCCACCUUAUAGUAGUAUUACUGUGGAAGUACCUACAACUUCAGAUACAGAAGUUUACAGUGAGUUUUAUCUUGUGCCACCUCCCUACAGCGUCGCUACCUCCCUUCCUACGUACGAUGAAGCUGAGAAGGCCAAGGCUGCCACAAUGGCAGCCGCAGCCGCAGAGACAGCUCAGAGGAUUCAGGAGGAAGAGUGCCAACAAAGAGAUGACUUUAGUGAUGCAGACCAGCUCAGAGUGGGUAAUGAUGGGAUUUUCAUGCUGGCAUUUUUCAUGGCAUUUAUUUUCAACUGGCUUGGAUUUUGUUUAUCCUUCUGUAUCACCAAUACCAUAGCUGGAAGGUAUGGUGCCAUCUGUGGAUUUGGACUUUCAUUGAUCAAAUGGAUUCUUAUUGUUAGGUUUUCUGAUUAUUUUACUGGAUAUUUCAAUGGACAGUACUGGCUUUGGUGGAUAUUUCUUGUACUUGGCCUGCUUCUUUUCUUCAGAGGAUUUGUUAAUUAUCUAAAAGUCAGAAACAUGUCUGAAAGUAUGGCAGCUGCUCAUAGAACAAGAUAUUUCUUCUUAUUAUAGAGACUGCAUCGACCAGACAUUCUUUUCUUAUAUCAAUGUGAAAUUUCCAGAUCAUCUGUAAACCUACAACUUUAAUAGAAGACUACUAAAAGCAGAAGACAAAUAAGUGAAGAAAAGAUAGAUCUUCAAAAUUGAAUAGCAGGAUGGUUUAUGCUUAAAAGCCAUUUCUGUUCAUUCUCUUAAAUAUUUAUAUUUCAUUUGUUUUGCACAUUUGCAUACGUGCCCAUGUAAAAGAUUUGCGUAUACUUGAAAGAAACCAUAAAGUUGUAGCAGUAAAGUCCAGUCAUAUUUGGUUAAUCAGUGUUUGUUAUAAUUGAAAGAGGUGAGUGAGAAACAGUCUUCCAGCAUGUAAAUGCCAUUGACUUCCGACCUGACAUUUAGCAUAAUAAAAAUGAAAUUAUUCAAAUGCUUUAGUUUCUGGCUCCUAGAUUCAUCUAGUAACUCUACACAUGAGACAUCUUUGUUAUAUAUAGUUUUUGAAACCUGCAGUGCUGAUUAUAGAAGAACUUUGUCAGAUAUUUGAACAUGAUACUUACAUUAUUAUUUAGCAAACUCUGUAAAUAACCAUGCAUAAAUUACUUUCUGCAUUGUUUUCUUAGAAACUGUGUCUGGAUAUCUUUUCAAUUAAUUUAAAAUUAAGUGAACUUAAUAUAUAGAGAAAAUUUGGGUGUUAAAGAUAGUUUGUUUUAGGACAGAUUUUAAGAAGAUAUGGGUAUUCCACGUGUCCCUUAUAAAAACAUCUUUUCAUUGUUUUUAAGGGACAUGCCAGGUUUAGGGAUUCUGUCGAGAAGCUUGGUUUUUAGCAUUGCCAUCUUAGAGAGUCUUGUAGGAAGAGAUUGUAUUAGACAUUAUAUUUAUUUCAUUUAAGACACUUUUGAAAAUUAAUUUUCUGAAUAAGAUUCUCAUUUGCAUUUGUCUUUUAAGAAGCCAAUAAAAGUAUCUUUCACUUA